AUGGCAACCAUCAACAUGCACGAAACGUAUUGGCAUGCAGCAUUUUGGGCUAUGCUUCUUUCUCCUGUCAAUCCUGACGGUGCUGCUAUCCACCGUCUCGAAUCUUGCCAUUUCCAACGUUACCCCGCUGAGGUUCAAUCACUUGCUGGCGGCGUCUUCAAUGAGGCCACUCAAUUCGGCAACGCCGUUGGUUUGGCCGUUACGGCUGCCAUUGUGGCAUCGGUCACUGAGCAUUCGGGAUCUGACCAUACCGACGCUCUCAUGCAAGGCUAUCGCGCAGCAUUUUGGACAGUCUCCGCUGCAACGGCCAGUGUUAUUGUAGUGACUUUCUUUGGGCUCAGGAAAGGUGGUUUUUUUGGCAAGAAAGACGAGUAA